AUGGAAAAGCUAUCAAAGUUAGCAGGACUUGAUUAUCAAAAUUCUAUAGUAUUUAGCACGCUUAUUGGAGAAAUCAAAGUAUUAGAGAAAAAAUUAAGUAAUCAUCAUUCUCAACUCAAAAAGCUUGAAAGAUCUGUAGACUGUAUAGAAGAACAAACUGGUCUAGAGCCUGGCAAAGAACUAACUGAUUCCUCUGAAUCUAGUUCAUCUGAGUCUGAAGUGGAGGAGAUAGUUGCAUCUGAGUGCAGUUCAUUCGAAGAAAUGAAAGUCAAAUGCUAUAAACCAAAAAAAAAGACUAGAUAG